CAGCAGUCAGCACAAACAUGAAGUUGUCGCUGUUUUUGGUUCUUGAUCUCGAAUCUCGAAUGUACGAUCGUUGCGCUUUGGUUUUUGUUAAACGUUGCUUUUUGUUCUCAUUUUCAUUGUGGGAAUGAAAUAUAGUUAAAAUUUUUGGAAUGUGAAUUAUAAUAGUUGCAUCUUGUCUCAGGAAUUUCUGAAAAUGAAUGUGUAUAAUACCAUGCCGGGUGUAGCUGAGAUGGGGAUGGUUUGGAUGGGUGCACAACAGCCGUCUUCAGAUGUCCCUAUGGGAUUAGUUUCUGGAGAAAGUAAUGAUAUGCUACUGGAACAUGAUAACAUCUUCUAUACCCCAUCCCAUCACAGCAUGUCAGGACAAUCAAUGGAUGAUAUCAAUACUGUGCAUAGUUCUCAAAUGGAGUCCAUGGAGAACUAUGACAUGAUGCACUUCAUUGAUAUGAAGAAUGAAAGUAACGAUUCCAGCUAUGUGGAAGAUGAUAGUUCACAUCCCGUUUAUAUGAUAACGACGUCCACCCAAACCAUUCCUUGUCCGACAAGGAAAAUAAAGCCGAUCAAACAUCCUGGGUUGGUAUUGAAAACUCCGAUUGCCUAUCACAGCAACACUGAUCCCUCCGUUAUUCCUAUUCAGAAGGAUGGCAUUGCCGUUUGCGAGAAAUGCGGCGCCAUCGGGGUGAAGCACGCCUUCUACACCAGAGAGCGCCGGUUCUGCAGCAUGGCCUGCGCCAGAGGCUACAGCGGUCUCAUUCCCGAGCCGCUGCCGCAAGCCAAUCAGAACACGCCCGACAACAAGCAGCAUUACGCCAAGUACCGCUUCGCGAUGAAGAUGGAAGACGACUUUACCGACUCCUACAUCGACCAGCCACUACCUCAGCUGUCGCCGCUGCCCGACCUGCCCCCCGUAGACGAAACUCUCCCUUUAAUCCGAAGGAAACCCGCCGAGCUGGCCAACUCGUUCGAGUGGGACGCCCAAUUGAGCGAUCCGCGUUUCGUCGCCGCCCCCGUCACGUGCUUCCGGCACGCCCCCAUGGCCGACAUAUGGGACGACGUGAUGGUGGGCAUGAAGGUGGAGGUGGAGAACACGGACUGCGACAACGUGUCGGAGGCGUUCGCCGACUCGUUCUGGGUGGCGACGGUGAUGCGGCUGGUGGGGUAUAAGGCUCAGUUGCGUUACGAAGGCUUCGGCUCGAACGACUCCAAGGACUUUUGGGUGAGUCUGUGCUCGAACCAGGUGCACCCGGUGGGGUGGUGCGCGACGCGCGGCAAACCUCUCAUCCCGCCCAAGACGGUCGAGGACAAGUACCUCGACUGGAAGGACUUCCUGCGCAAGCGCCUGACGGGGGCGCGAACGCUGCCCUCCAACUUCAGCACCAAGGCGGGCGACAGCCUAAAGUCGCGGUUCGAGUGCGGCCUCAACUUGGAGGUGGUCGACAAGAAUCGGAUAUCACAGGUGAAGGUGGCGAUAGUCCAUAAGAUCAUAGGGAAGAGACUGAACGUGAAGUACUACGAUAUGCAUCCUGAUGAUGCCGGAUUCUGGUGUCACGAGGAUUCUCCGCUUCUGCAUCCAGUAGGCUGGGCCAAGAAGGUCAACCACCACCUGGUGGCGCCCAUCAACUACUUGGAGCGCGUCAGCCAGGGCAUCUUCGACGAAGACGAUGCCACCGAGGAGUUGUUCACGCCCUUCCAGGUCGGCGCCGUCGAGCAUUCGCGCACCGGCUUCUGCGUCGGCAUGAAGCUGGAAGCCAUCGAUCCGCUGAACCUGUCCUCCAUAUGCGUGGCGACGGUGAUGGACGUGCUCGACUACGGCUACAUCAUGAUCAGGAUCGACACGUACGACUCGGACGCGACUGGCGCCGAUUGGUUCUGCUACCACGUCAAGUCGCCGUGCAUCUUUCCGGUGGGAUUCUGCGAGCGGAACGGCAUUCCGCUGACGCCGCCCAAGGGCUAUGACGCGGCCACCUUCAAUUGGCGGGCCUAUUUCAUACAGACCAACAACAGACCGGCCGACCCCGCCCUCUUCAACACCUACGUGCCCCCGCACGGCUUCGUGCAGGGCAUGAAGAUCGAGGCGGCCGACCUGAUGGACCCGCGUCUGGUGUGCAUCGCGACGGUGGCCAAGGUGGCCGGCCGGCUGCUCAAGGUGCACUUCGACGGCUGGGAGGAGGAGUACGACCAGUGGCUGGACUGCGACAGUCCCGACGUGUAUCCAGUCGGGUGGUGCCAGAGCGUCGGGCACAAGCUGGAGGGACCGCCGCUGGUGGCCAAGGCGGUCGGCAGCGUCGUCAAGUCGCCCAAAGUGAAGAAAAAGAGCAGAAAAAAGAAGACCGCCCCCAAAGACAGCCCCCCGAAACCGUCGCCGCCCGUGCUGCUACCGGCCACCACCACCUCCUACGACGACGGCGGCAACGACAAAUUCGUCCCUACCUCCGACGUGAAAACAGAAGAAGAAGAACGAGCCGAAGAGGAAGAAGCGGAAGUGCCCGACGUCUCGCUCCCCUUCCAUGCUGAGACCGCGAUGACGGUGGCGGUGGAAGACGAAGAAGAAGCGGAAAAGGAGGAAGAUGCGUCGUGUGACGACCACUGCCACCAGGGCCCCGAGGCCGGCCAGGAGCCUGCCGGGCCUGAUCAGAGCAUGCCGGUUUCGGCCGAGGUUGUGGCGGCGUUGGCGGCCGAGGUGGUGCCGCCGGCCGAGAGGAAGGCCACUUCGUACGUUAGUGGUGCAAACAAUUCUAGUCCAAAGGUGAUACCGAGAUUAAUUGAUGCCACUGGGGAAAAACAUGAAGCAGGAGGUGAAUUGUGUCCUGAGGAAUGGAAUGUCUUCGACGUGGCUCAGUUCUUGAGAGUUAACGACUGCGCCAACUAUUGUGACUCUUUUAGUAAACAGAAAGUUGAUGGCAAAAUCAUGUUAAAUCUCACCAAGGAAGAAAUGUUGGACAUCACAGGGGGCAAAGUGGGGCCUUCAUUGAAAAUUUACGAUCUGAUCCAACAGUUGAAAAUUAAAGUGAACCCCUCCCAGGGCCGCCACUUGAAAACCAAUAUCAAAAAGUUCUUAUAGUGCCUAUUCACAUUGAAUUUAUUUUAUUUCGAGGAUUUAAUUGAAUUUUCUUUGUAUAUAGUAGGGUAUAAUAUAGGUUAAGCUCUAAUUUUUGAUGAGUUCAGUAUUUAUAAAAUGGCAUUUUGUGUGCGAAUUAGGUUGCUCAUGAUCAAGUUUUUUUAUUAUAUUUUGAGGAUUAAUUGAGAUUACUGGUGUUUUUUUCUUUAUAAUUUACCACU